AUGCCACCUCGAGCCACGGGAGGAUCUCAAUCGACUGUUCCUCCACGCAAGCGGAAGAAGCGGGCGGAUCGUAAGGAGGCGGCCUAUAACCGCGCUGUUGAGCUCCUUGGUGAGGAGAAGGUUCAGGAAAUUCGACGCGAGUGGGAUUCUUUGGAAACGGAGUUUGGAGGGCGAGAAUGGGAGCAGUCAGAGGGAGUAAUUCUGCAACUCCUCCAACAAGGAUUGUCAGAGCGAGUUAUUCGUGCCAUUCUUUCUGUGGGUGGAAGUCGAGCCCCAAGAUUAAGGAAAGUUCUAAAGGAGGGAAUUGAUACCUUGCACACCCGUCGCAGUCGCGCGGCGCCGGCGCAUGCCUUUAGUGACUCAGACUUGGCUACAUUCAAGAACCACUGCUUGACAUGGAUACUGGAAGACGGCUUUCCCUGUCCACACAGACGACCUCGCCAGUUCUUCAACGAACCAGGCCUUACUUGGAAAGUGGUCCAUGCUCGAUACGAAGCCGAUGUCAAGCGUGAAGACCCCAACGCUCGCACGAUGAGCUACUCUCGUUUCAUACAGUAUGUUCACAAGUUGUACCCCGGCGUCCAUCUAUCGAGAACUACUGAGGACGAUUGCGAUUGCAGCACUCGGCUCGAUAUUUAG